UGAAUGACGGCUCCUCCCCUUUCUGGUCCACUUUCCCCCCCGUGGUCGUCUCGUCCCUCUUCCACGCUCCCCUCAAACUCACCACAAUCCACCUGCUGAAGCGCAGUUGUGGUGUUGACUCUUUUGGACAUCCCGACGUACAACCACAAUGAUGAACAUAUUGUGAAAUGAACGACACUUGACGCUGCUGUGAAAUACUGCAAACAUGGCCGCUACUGGAUCGUUCCGAGUGGUGUCAGAGGAGGAGCGGGCCUUGAGAUCCAAGCUGGAGCAUCUGACAGUGAAGGAUCACGGUCCCGUGUUCGGGCCGUGUCACAAAAUGCCGGGCCACACCGCGCAGAAGGCUAAGGAUGAGCUGAAUGAGACGGAGGAGAGGAAAGUGUUGUCCCUUAAGGACCUACGGGCCCUGAUGAAGGAGAGGGCGGCCGAGGGAGACGACCUGGCCAAACUGGUGCUGGAGCGCUUCGGGGACAAGCCCGACUCUCUGCUGCUGCGCUUCCUCCGAGCCCGCAAGUUUGAUGUUGUCAGAGCCCACGAACUCAUGAAGGGUUAUGUGCGCUUCAGGAAGGAGUACCCUGAGUUGUUUGAGAAUCUGACGCCCGAGGCCGUCCGCAGCACCAUUGAGGCGGGCUACCCUGUGGUUCUGCCCAGCAGGGACAAGUAUGGUCACGUAGUGCUGCUCUUCAACAUUCAGAACUGGGACUUGGAGGAGAUCACUUUUGAUGAGAUCCUAAGAGCGUACUGUGUGAUCCUGGAGAAGUUACUUGAGAAUGAAGAGACCCAGAUCAACGGUUUUGUCCUGAUUGAGAAUUUUAAAGGCUUCACCAUGCAGCACGCCUCAGGGAUUAAACCGGCGGAGCUCAAGAAAAUGGUGGACAUGCUGCAGGAUUCGUUCCCGGCGCGUUUCAAGGCGGUCCACGUCACCCACCAGCCGUGGUACUUCACUACCACGUACAAUGUGGUCAAGCCUUUCAUGAAGAGCAAGCUGCUGGAGAGGGUGUUUGUCCACGGGGACGAGCUGGGCAACUACUUGAAGGCAUUUGACGCCGACAUCCUGCCUGCCGAUUUUGACGGGAAAGCUUGCGUAGCGGACUGCCAGGCCAUCGCCACCAGGCUCUUUGGCUCCGAGGACACGGCUCUCUGAAGCAGGACCUCGACAGCGUCCUUCAACCGAGAUGACGAUCACAUGGGCGCUCUGAUUUCAAGCUAUAGCGUGAACAUUAUUAUUAUUAUGAUUAUUUUUUAAAUCUUUAUGGCAGUUCUAAGCGGGGGGGGGGGGGGAAGUAUUUAGAUUUAGGAGAUUUAAAGUGACACGUGAAAUGGAUGUUUAGAUAUUGCAGAAAGAGUUGUUUGAGAUGUGCCGCCAGUUCUAUUUUGCCAUUCAUACGGAAGUGGUGCGUUUGUGCUCUGCAAAGGUGGUAGAUGAAUGCCUCCAGAAAUUUGAGUGGUGAUGGAGGAUAACUUAAGAGUGACAUGGGAAGACUUAUGAAGUGAUUAUAAAUAAACCUGCAUGGUUUUAAACAAUACGAGCGUGCUCUGUCCCUGUGGCCUUGUUACAUGCUUCACAUAAUUUGUGGCAAUUCAUUGUCUGAAGCACUUCAAAUGACCUUUUUUUGUAAUUUGCAGUGGAUUUGAAACUAUAUGCAAUUGAAAAAAUACGUUUCUGGCCAUGAUUUAAUUUGUCAAACAUAUUAGUGUUGCUAUUAGAUGCAUAACAGUCUUACAAAGCUUCUGAAAGAGUGGGGGGCGGGGGGAACAUUCUGGCGACAAAAUUUAUUUCACAAUAUAAUAACAAUAAUUGCUUAUAUAAUGACUCUUGAAAAAGAAAACAAGGAAAUAAAAAA